ACUACAACCCCCAUAAUGCAAAUCUCUCCUGCCUGUCACUGGCAGCAUCCAGCACAAUGCACAGGCAACGGAGCAGGGGCAGCGCUGCCAGGGAGGAGUCCUGAGCCCACCAGGAGCCCCUGGCACUGCCUCUCCUUACCCUCCUAGCUGCCCGGCAGGCUCUUCUCUGCCUGCCAGGGGUUACCCCUCCCUGGCAUGCCCAAACUUUGCCCCUAUAGCCAGCCUCUCCCUUCCAGUCCUUGCUGCUGCAGGGUGCUGUGAAAAGAAAAAGGAACUGUCUGCUGCUGCUGUGGAUCUGCGCUGAGCUCCUACCCUUCCCUGCACGGCUGCUGUGUAGGGGGAGCAGCACAUAGCCAUACACACUCAGGCACAUCCACUUGCACCCACAUCUCCGCUAACACCCACCAGAGCCUCCCCACUCGAGUCCCCUCUCCCACACGGUUCUGCAUGACGAUUUUGGGAACAAGGGUGGACAAUCCAGCAUGAGACGAGGAUGAUGCCAGGAAGAAAAGGUCCGGAGAGCAAAUACCCCCUGCACUACCUGGUCUGGCACAAUAAAUACAGGGAGCUGGAGAAGGAGCUGCCGGAGAAGCAGGAGCAGAUUGAGCAGGUGGACCCCAGGGGCCGGACCCCCCUUCAUCUCGCCACCACACUAGGGCACUUAGAGUGUGCCAGAGUUCUGCUGACACAUGGGGCCGAUGUCAGUAAGGAGAAUCGCAGUGGAUGGACAGUGCUUCAGGAGGCAGUCAGCACACGUGACCUAGAACUAGUGCGGUUGGUAUUACGGCAUCGUGAUUACCAGAGAACCAUAAAACGGCUGUCAGGAAUACCAAUUCUCCUGGAGAAACUACGUAAGGCACAAGACUUUUAUGUAGAAAUGAAAUGGGAAUUUACAAGCUGGGUGCCCUUAGUAUCCAAGAUCUGCCCCAGUGACACUUACAAGGUGUGGAAGAGCGGGCAGAAUCUGCGAGUAGACACCACGCUGCUUGGGUUUGAUCAUAUGACCUGGCAACGCGGGAAUCGCAGCUUUAUCUUCAGGGGACAAGACACCAGCGCUGUGGUAAUGGAGAUUGAUCACGACAGGCGGGUGGUUUUCUCUGAAACUCUGACUCUAGGGUCCCAGGACCAUGAAGUUCUCCUGGCUGCCGUGCAGCCCACUGAAGAGCAAGCCAUGAGUCGCCUGACUGCCCCUGUGGUAACCACACAGCUGGAUACCAAGAACAUUGCAUUUGAGAGGAACAAAUCAGGAAUCCUGGGGUGGAGAAGCGAGAAGACUGAAGUUAUCAACGGUUAUGAAGCAAAGGUAUACGGAGCUUCCAAUGUAGAAUUAAUUACAAGAACUCGCACAGAGCACCUAUCAGACCAGCACAAGGGAAAAAGUAAAGGCAGUAAAACGCCUUUGCAAUCAUUCCUGGGGAUAGCUGAGCAGCAUGUGGGACCAAACAAUGGACAGACGUUAAUCACUCAGACCUUCAGUCAGACGAACCCAACCUCCAUCACACCAGAUGAAUAUUUUGACCCUAAUUUUGAGCUGGGACAUCGGGAUAUGGGACGGCCCAUGGAGCUCACGACCAAAACACAGAAGUUUAAAGCCAAGCUGUGGCUGUGUGAGGACCAUCCCCUGUCAUUGUCAGAACAGGUGGCUCCAAUCAUUGACCUCAUGGCAAUAAGCAAUGCACUUUUUGCAAAACUUCGUGAUUUUAUCACUCUCAGGCUACCCCCUGGUUUCCCUGUCAAAAUAGAAAUCCCCAUUUUCCACAUCCUGAACGCCCGCAUCACAUUCGGCAACCUCAAUGGAUGUGACGAGCCAGUAUCAUCCCUACGCCAGAGCCCCAGCAGUGAAGCGCCUUCCCCGAGCAGCGACUCCUGCAGUGUUAGCAGCACCAGCUCUAUAACUUCUGGACGCGCCUGUGAAAUGGAUCAAUCAUUGUUUGAAGCUCCACGAGGUUACAGUGUGGUCGGGAGUUACCGGGAAAGUAUGCGUGAGGAAGAAGAUGACCUGCUUCAAUUUGCUAUCCAACAGAGUUUGCUAGAAGCUGGAAGCGAGUAUGACCAGGUAACAAUUUGGGAAGCUCUGACAAACAGCAAGCCUGGAACACACCCGAUGUCCAAUGAAUCCCGGAAAGGAGAACGGACACCUCAGCACACACAACCCUGCAGCCCUCCUCACACUGGUUCCAGCAAUGCAUUCACCACCUACCAGGAGCAACUGCGAUUAGCCAUGGAGCUUUCAGCUAAGGAACAAGAAGAAGAGAUAAAGCUGAAGCAGCAGGAGGAGGAAGAGCUGGAGAGGAUCCUACAGCUCUCCUUGACUGAAAAGUAACAAGACUUCCAUACAAGCGCCCCAGGUAGUCCAAUGAGCCUUCUAGUGGCUCACCUGGGAAGCCAGAGAUCUUGAUGUGUUCAAGGAGGAUUCAUUGGGACGAGUGAAGACUGGGCUUCCUGUUACAUUGCAACAUAAGCCAGACAAGGUGAUAAAAACACUAAACACCUGUUGCAGGUCAUCUGAAAUUCAACACAAAAUGAAGUCACUUGAUAGAAGCUCAGAUGUUGAAGAGUUAUUAUAAUUGUCUGUAAAGUUUAAGAUGAUUUUUGAAACCCAUUUGCUGGUGGCACCGGCUAAUUUAAAUACAUUUAAAGUCAAUGAAUUGUAAGGUUUUUUUUUAGCUGGGUUUUUUUCCAAAGAUAGGAACAGGGCCCAAAGCUGUUGGCCUGCAAGGAGGCUCGUGGUAUAUAGUAAUUCACAAAAUACAAUGAUAAAUGCACUGUGCACUGCUGAAUGGAGCUCAGGGCACCCUGGAGUACUUCUAACCUUCCCAAAGUCACCCCUGUAUCUAAAACAACUGGAUUCUAUCACGAGGAAGGAGAACCGCACAAAGAUCUGGCUACCAAAUUUAGAAAACCCAUCAAUACUUCGACAAUAGUAGGGAGGAGAAGGAAUUUUUUUGCUGCUAGUAAACAGUAAAAAGAAUAUUUUUGUUAUUAAGGUUAAAAGUUAAAAGUACUAGUAAUAUUAGGUGUUUCAGUAUCAGAGGGAAGUGUGUGUAUUUGCUGAACUGGUUAAGUACUUUUAAAGAAAUAAUACUUGGUUCUAUUUGAGGUUCUGAAGCCCUCUUGUGAUUUUUUUGCCGUGGCCAACAUUUUUGCAUGAGACGGGUGUCAACACAACUAGUAAAGUGGGUCUAUUGCUCAAUUUUCAUAAGAUCAUAAAUGGAAUCUAUAUAUACAAACCACAUUGCAAGCGGCAUCUAACGAUGGAAAUUGUAUGUAACUUGUGUACGAGCCUCUGAAAGGCAAGUGUCAGAAGACGUCUCAUUUUUUAUUUAGUUAUGCUCUCUUUUGGACAGCCCAUGGCACUGGGUAAAAUGUAGGUACCGCUAACUCCAUUCAUUAAAACCCAAUCAAGAAUUCCUUUUAAAGAAAGAUACAAACAAUAAUGUGUGUGGAAAUUGGAUAUAUUAUAUUUAAUGUAGACAUGUAAUAGAAACUACCAAGUUUCUAAGUAGACAUAUUUGGAAACAUACAUUUUUUUUGUUUUAUUCUAGAAAUGUGUCAUGUUUUAUAGACUCCCCUUCAUUUUAAUGUGUGAAUCCUUAGAUGAGUAGGCAGGGAAGCAGAAAUCAAUUGAUAUAAAUGUGUAUUCAUGA